UCAACUCUCUUCUCGGUGUUUGGAUAUCCCGAUGAAACACUGUCUCUUGUGUUUGAUAUAUUACGCUUUGUAAGUUUCUUCUCUUCAGGACGAUCAUCUCUCCGUAAAACGGUAUGGCAUGAAGCGCAUUACUUCCUGUGCGUUUGCUGUGUUGCUACAUCCUACUACAACGCACCUGGCUAGCAUUUUUUUCGAACUACUUUCCCAGUCUUUCCUCAUCGAAGCAAAUAAAUAUGCGAAUUACAGAAUCAUCGUGUGUUGUGGAUUUUACGUCACAUCCGGCCCUCGACCUAUGCCCCAAAAACUCGGUCGUGAACUAAAAUGGCAGCAUUUUGACCUACUUUGACGAGCCACAAGUUUUAAGGGUUGGGUGCACUUUAAUUAUCUUAAUUUACUUAAAUCAUUAUCACAAGUCGGUUCGGCACAUGUAUAGUUCGAUGAACCGGCCUAACUAAACUCACAGGUAUCAGUGCGAUUCAAUAAUGUGUCCCAUCGAGGUUUAUAACACUAACUGGCUACCUCCACCCAUUUACAGUUGGCCCUAGGGGAAGAGUUAGAAAGUGAUCGGUACUUGAUUACCAUUGAGGAGAGGCUGAGCCCGUCAUCUGACCACACCCAUGAGGUCACUUUUAAGGCACAGGAAAAGGAAGUGGAACACUUUGCGGGACCUCUAUACCGAUCAGGGAAGAGGAAAAGACGGUGUUUCCAGUCACCAACAUUAAAUCAGAAGAACCCCAUGGUAACUGGAUUCACAGACCCUGAGGCCAAGAAGCCAAGUGAAGAAGCUAUUCCACGUCACGGUAGAUUAGGCAUGGCAAACAGACCUCCAAGUAAAACGGACUUUUUCAAUGUGUACAGUUCUCAUUCCAGCAAACGAGAGACUAACAGCUUUCAAGUCUCUCACAGGAAAGAACCUAGUGAUGAAAGCCUUGCAGUUCUGCAAACAACUAACAAGUCAUAUGCUGCUGGCAAACAAUGGGACGAGCGACACGAUCAACGAGUUCCCUUGUACAUGGCUGAGACCUGCAGUGCUGCAGGAAAAGAAAAUGGAAGGUUUCAUGUACCUAGAGAAGGACUUUCUAAUUCAAAAUUUGUUUCACAAAAAGAAAGGUCAAGUGACACGGAAAGCAAACGCAGCACACCCCAGAUUCUAGCGUUGUUCUCGUCCCAUAAGAAUACACCACCACCUAAAAUAACACGUGAUGGAGAGACAGUAGAAAUUAAUGAAGCAAAUGCUGGCGUUAUGAAGGAGACAAAUUCAUGCAAUUUGUACGAUACUGCGGAUAAAUUCUCAUCUAAGGUGGAUGCAGCGAAAGUCAUUGCCCAAACAACGAACGUUUCUGAAAUUGCAAAUGCGUUCCAGCCAAUCAUUUUGGACAAUGAUUCUGUUGGGCAAGUUCUAGAAACGGGCGAAGAUUUAGGGGACUCCCUAAAUCUGUCCCCGGAUUCGUUUGCAGCUUGCUCGAGUGAAAAUUUUGGUUGCAAUUUUCACGGCAGGGAUGCAAUGUGCGAGAAUGCCACACAGGAGUCGACAUUUACCAGGUCACCAGAUAACAAUCAAAGGCAAAGUAAAGUUUGGUCCCAGAAUGAUUCUGAGUCCGUCUCCCCCCUUAUUAGGCUUCUCACGAGCGUGGAAAAGCCUGAUCUUCAAGGGUGUAUUGAUGUGAAGGGAAAUGGAGGGCAGCUUUGCGACAUGGUGAAAGAAAACAGGCUGCGGGAUCAAAGCAGCCUCGAGAGCCCUGAUGCAGCCGCUGUGGGGUCGUCUCCUUCCUCUCCUCCUGCACGUCCAUAUCCAAAUGUGUACUCAAUACAACAAUGUUCAUACGGCGUUACAACAUCCGAACUGGACGAAGCCAGCAGUUCAGAUUUUGUACAAGCCAGGUCUUUGUCAGAGGGUAAUUUGUCCUGUUGCACACCUGGCAUUAUCUCACCUUUAAUAACUGCAAAAGAAGGCGUUUCCACAAGUUACGAAAACAUGCUACCUUCUCAACCAAAACUAGAUCGUUUCAGCAUUAACACGAAAGUGUUCUCCAGCCACCCAGGAUCUUUGUUUCCAUACAGUAAACUGCAAAGUCAAGAUCAAAUUAACCACUUGAGAAAUUCUUCGGGUUCGUCCUUGUUCAGAAAAGGGUUCAGUGGUUUUGAGCAAUGGAACUCGUUGUUUGAUCAUCAGGCUCUCGACGAUGGUGUAGCAAAUUUUCAGCAGUAUGAGACGUCACCAGAAUUCUACCCAUCAGAAAUUGAAAAAACGUACGAGGGGAGAGUUCCUCCCAUUGUGGCAACAAAAGUCAUUCCAACUGAUAGCCGAACAGUGACGGCAGGAGAUGGUCACUCGUGGAAGGGUUCAGUUGUUAGUGACACGGUCAAGAGAGGGUGCUCUUCUGUACCAAUGGUGUCAGUCCAAAGGCAAAAUAUCCACUGUCAACCUAGUAAUGGUGACCAAAGAGCCCCAUCGAGUUUGAGCUGGAUUGACUCAAUUUCAGCAAGUGACGCUCAAAAUGACUCGCCGUGCCUGCUAUCCACGCAAGGAUUUGCCACAAGUGAAAGCAUUGCACUGUCUUCCACUGAAGGAUUCAUGAAAAAUAGCCAGGCUAGAGAGGGAAAUCCCACCGACAUCAGACCUGAGUUUGCACAGAGAGUGCCGCAAUUGCCCAGAAGAAGAGCCCCUUUACUUACAGCACCGCCGGAACAUCUCAACACGCAGCAAACAGUUUCCCGAAACCCAGUUGGUUACCGUGGCCUACCAGCUGCGUCUUCUUCCACGGAUUUCGUAGAAUUUAGUUCCAAACCAAAAGCAAUGGCGAUUACGAGAGAAGGGGAAAUCGGGCCAUUACAGGGGGAAACCAGUCAACUUCACAAGACCAACGUUGGAAAUUUAUCAAAUGAAAGACAUGGCACAGGGCCUUUUGCUUCACGUAGUUCUCGUCGACGCGUGGGCUUAAGGAGGGUGGGGAUGGGAUGUACACGUGACCUCCGCAACGGUCAAAAUGCUAUGUCUCAGACUGGACAGCAGUUUAGACAGAAGUCGAAUGCCUACAGACCUCCAACUGCACCAGAAUUCGCGGCUAACAGUUCGUCUGGAGACCGAAGCAUGGCCGGUGAGUUGAGCUUUCCAUCAGCAGAGGAGUGUGACAGUAGUGUCACGCCAACUCGACAUGUCACUGUACCCGUAACAUUCCUUGAUGUUAUGCAGUAUAGGCAAGUUUUCAAGUCUGCACUCAGAGAACACCUGAAUAUAGUGUUGUUUGAACUGGCUCGUAACUACCACGCUGCUCUUCAGAAGGUUGAUGUUUCAGGGUUUGGCGCCCAUGACCAAGGAAUUCGCCAAAGUUCAGAUGGUCCCUACUGCCCUCAUGGGCAAGCACGCUUGAGAGCUGUUAAGAAGGAUGGUGUGAACAAGGGAAGAUUGUUCUACACCUGCCCCGGAAUGGGACAAGCCCAAUGCAAGUUCUUUAAGUGGGCAGAUGAAUACCAAACAAACAAGACUGGAUCAAAAGGAGCGGAGCACAAGUCCUCAAAUAAACUAACAUUGUCCUCUUCUGAGAGCUUGAUGUCCUUUUUCAGAAGUCACAAUGUUGCAUUUUACUGUGAGUGCCAUCUUGUAAGGAAGAAUUCAGACUCUGGAAAAGGAAAGUUUGGUACAGCAAAAGCAAAGAAAUGGGGAAAGCAAAGAGGCUUUGAGACUGAAACUGCCAAGAAAGGACUGUACUUGGAACUCUCUCGGAAAGAUCAUUCUUCUACUUAUUCAAAGGAUGACAUCUGGAUCAUAUCAAAGACGCUGUUGUUCAAUCCAGAUUCCACAUUCAUAGCAAGCAGUGCUUAUUAUGGUCCGUCCUCCUGCGGGGAACUGGAAAUACAUCCUAUCAGUGGUUAUUCUCCUUCUAACUGGCAAAGUGGAGAAAUCGUUCAUGCUUUGAUGGCCUGUAAUGCCGGCACAGAACUGACUUGUAUUAGCAAUAUUGAGGAUCAUGUCAAGAUACAGAACAUGCCUGUUCUUCCCUACAUUUUACACAGAGAUCAGACAGAGGAACGAAAUACCAGGAUCGCUUCACGAGCCUCGUCCUUUGUUCCUCCCACGCUGAGGACACCCGGUGGUCAGCUUGAUCUACCAUUAGAAGUAACGGAAAGCUUAGCUGAAGAAAUGAUAGCUCGUUUUAGCUUAAACAAGGAUCAAACGGUCGCCCUGCUAUCCUGUGCAAGCAUGUUUAGCUCGUCUGCAGCAGACAGCUCUUCUCUGCCAGUGUGCUUGAUACACGGCGUCUUUGGUGCAGGGAAAAGUUUUCUACUCGCUGUUGUUGUUCUUUAUCUGGUGGAAUUAUUCAAAGCGAGUGAUGCUCUCAAUCAGCAGAGCAGUAACACGUCCUCGUCGUGGAAGAUUCUUGUGUCCUCUACAACAAACGUGGCCGUCGAUCGCAUUUUGUCAGGAUUGCUGGAGCUCGGGUUUGAAGAGUUCGUUCGAGUGGGCAGCAUUCGUAAGAUCGCCAAACCAGUGUUACCUUAUAGUGUACACAGUACUGGAAGUGACAGUCAGGAAUUAAAAGAACUGCAGUCCCUACUGAAGACUGAACUCACACCAUCGGAAAGAAACCAUGUACGGAAAGGCAUUGAACAGCACAAGCUUGGAGAAAAUAAAAGGGUGAGUGGGAAAAAAGGAUGUUUUUAACGUUUAGAAAUUAGAGUAUGCGUAUACUCUGUACACCGUGUUCACUACGUGUGAUCAAGCCGUGGGUGAAGGUGGGCCAGCAAAUGACUGUCCUUGCAUGAUGAAGGUUUUGACAACCCUUGCGGAAUAAAUCUUCAGAGUCAAAACAAAGAUGGUAUAAAGUCUCUGGUCCUUGAAACUAAUGGUCAGGUUUGCCGUGAUGACACACUGAGAUUGCUCCAUGGGUCGCCCGUUGUAGUCGCAUAUUCCGCUUGUAGCACACGCCUACACUAGUAUAACAAAAUACUUUCAAUCGUAGACCUUUUUUAUGUCACAGGAUAUUUGCACAGUGUUUUAUUCACUAGUUGGACAGUCUACUUUUAAAUCAUUCCAUAUUUCACCUUUUGUUACUGCGCCUGCCAGUUCAUUAACGUGGCUUUUUUUAUUUGUUUUGCACCUCUAUGGUUUUAUUGCCAAUAAGGUGUCGAAAUUCACGUUCUGUUCUUGAGUUGCUCGUUUUCCUUUUUCUUUUUCCUACUUCUAGCACUGACAAAAUUGUUUUGAGUCAGAGCAAGGCAUGUCACUGUUCUUACUUGCACUUUUAAUGUUACCACUUUGUGGCUACUUUUAUAGGCGGAAUUUCAGCCGAGAGGACGACAGAAAUAAUGGCUACUGUUUUUACGUUUUGCUAAACACUAUCGGAAAAAGCAAUUUUAUAUAGCUCUUAUCUGCUUAAUCUGAUCGCAAUUUCAUGUUUGUUGGCUGUCUGAAUACCCGAGAAACGAUUAACUCUUUUAAAACUGCGUGGCCAAUCAUCGUUUUGUUGAUUAAACUUAUCUUACCAGCAACCUCAAUACUUUGUUCAGGAGAUAUUUAAAAAAGUGAAGGAGAUAAAGAACUUCCACAAGUUGAGAUAUCGCCAUGAUGUGGUGUCAAGCGUAAUGGAAGCUUAUCAUGAACAAGAUUGAAGUUUGUCUUUCGAAGUUUAACGAUCACGAAUGGACAGCUGUGCAUAGCUAAUGCCAAAAAUUUGGUUACGAUAAUAUGAAAAGUAACUAAGCAUAAGCCAACCAGAUGAACAAUAUCUCUUUUCGAA